AACAUAAGUUACUACGUUACGGAGUCUCAGGACUAUUAACGGUACACUUCUUAGUGGGGAUUAUGACAUCUAGUUCCCCAGAAACUAAUCUUAAGAUCGACCCAGAAGUUCUAGAGAUCCAGAAAAAGAUAUAUAAAGAACUUUUACUAAAACAAUAUGAUCUUAAGAGAGGGAGCAAAUUCCUUCCGAUAGAUAUUGAGCCAUUUAAACAUCAACGCCAUCGUUUGGCACUACCUUUCACAGAUGAAGACCGCGCUGCUAGAAGACAGUAUCUUAAAGAUCAGUUAUUGUCAGAAAGGGAACCAGUAAAUGUUCCCGAGUGGACGCGUGUCAAUAUAUUCCGAAGAAUAUAUAGAAUGCCUUUUGAUGCACUUACAAAUCUAGUUAGACCCAUAAUCGUAAGUUUGCAUCCAAUUUUAUUUCACGUUAAGGGAGAUCAUAGAAGUUGGUACUUUCGUGCUGCUAUACCGAAGGUUACAUGUACAUUAAUAUUGUUCUGGUUCGCAUGGUAUCGUAUCAAAUACUGUGAUGUAUGUUACGUAUUUAACAUUAAUCAUUGCUCAGAACUGGGAAACGUGCGCCAAGGCAGUAAAAUCUAAAGCUUAUAGAAGGCAAAUGUGGCCAGUAAGUUUUCAGAAUACAUAAUUAUGUGUCCUAGGGUCAACCGGAAUUCUCCACUGCUUGGAAAGUAGACGAUUUCGGAAUGGAAGGCUUUGAUCAGAGAACUGCUCUCCUUGGAGACAAGUUGGUUACCAGUGGAGCUUGAAAUCUUAAGACGCUUUUAGGAAGUCUAAAAUAUAACUGUAGUUCAGA